GUGGGAUCAUGAGUCGACGACAGCAGUCAGAAUAGAAUUUAGCGCCAUAGGAAAGGGGAUCUCAAUGCUUUGCAGUCGCUUCCUCUCCUUGCUCCCUUCUCUUCAUCCAUACUGACCUGUGACACAUGGAUAGGUAAAAGCAGAUAACCUAAGCCUAGGUUUCCCGACUUCUGCAUUGUUAAUUAGGCAGGGAGAGAAGGAAGCCUUAUUAUACGAUUGAGAUGCGCACAGGGUGCUGGCAGAAUACGUACGGCGCAGCACGCGCCCAAUAAAAAUGUAUUGAGCAACAUGUUCUAAUGGUUUUUAACAGAUAUAAUUUUGUGUUUUAUUUUCAGUAACAAAUAAUUAUUUAUGCGCGUCGACAGUGUAAAUAGAGCAAUGCACGCGUCUGCUGGGACGGGAGUUUUUAUCUUGUCCUUGACAUCAAUACCCAUUUCAUUUUUCUUCAACUCUCUGAUCUACACUAACAGCAUUGAGACAGUCUUUUUCGCUGGAUCUACAACUGUUCUUAUCUUGGCUAUAUCUGCAUGCUUUCUAUUCAAGAAGAAGGCACCCAAAGACCCUCUAUUCUAUGUGUUUGCAGUGCAUGCAUUCCUGAGUGUGGUAAACCUGAUCAUUGGUCUGGAGCAGGACAGUAUCAUCCAUGGUUUCAUCACCUUCUAUCUCAAAAAUGGCAAGCUACAGAGCCAUCGGCCUGUACUGGGUGGGGUCCAUUCUCAUGCGCGUCAUCGUCUACAUUCCUGGAAAUGUUGUGGGGAAGUAUGGUACCCAGCUGAGCCCCCUGUUCCUGGUCCACAUGCUCUACGUCGUGGUGUCGGUGUGGGCCUGCUUCCGCGUCUUCAGCCAGUCCACCACCAGACAGGCUCAGACAAUGAGUAUCAAUGAGGCCCAGAGGACUACGCUAGUGGAGAGGCCCCUAGACUUUCUGUUUGUCAUCUACCUCGUCCCUGCUACAUUUUUCUGUGUCUUCAGAGGCCUGGUGGCCCUGGACUGCCCGACAGAGUGGUGUCAGGAGUACACACAGCUAUAUGAGCCUUACCUGAAGGACCCGUCGUCUUAUCCUAAAAUACAGAUGAUAGUGAACAUGCUUUACUCCGGUCCGUACUACAUCAUUGCGCUUUACGGGCUGCUCGUGCCUGGGUGUGAGUGGAUGCCUGACCUCACUCUGGUCCACUCUGGGGCAAUAGCACAGGCCCAGUUCUCCCACAUUGGUGCAUCUCUCCACACGCGGACGCCGUUCUCCUACAGAGUACCAGCUGACAGCCAGAUUGUCUUUCUAUUAGUCAAUGCCCUGUAUGCCAUCGUACCCCAAGCCCUCUGCUACCGCUGUGUCACUAGCCCUGCCUUCUUCCUCAGAGACCAACAAAAUGACAAGAGGACUGACUGAAGGAACUGACUGACCAACUGACUGGCUGGCUGGCUGACCGACUCAGGCCUUGACUACGCAGAAACCAGUCCAAAAGUAUCUCUCUGCCUAGCAUAACCGCAGAAACCAGUGCAAAAGUAUCUCUCUGCCUAGCAUAACCGCAGAAACCAGUCCAAAAGUAUCUCUCUGCCUAGCAUAACCGCAGAAACCAGUCCAAAAGUAUCUCUCUGCCUAGCAUAACUGCAGAAACCAGUCCAAAAGUAUCUCUCUGUCUAGCAUAACUGCAGAAACCAGUCCAAAAGUAUCUCUCUGCCUAGCAUAACCGCAGAAACCAGUCCAAAAGUAUCUCUCUGCCUAGCAUAACCGCAGAAACCAGUCCAAAAGUAUCUCUCUGCCUAGCAUAACCGCAGAAACCAGUCCAAAAGUAUCUCUCUGCCUAGCAUAACUGCAGAAACCAGUCCAAAAGUAUCUCUCUGUCUAGCAUAACUGCAGAAACCAGUCCAAAAGUAUCUCUCUGCCUAGCAUAACCGCAGAAACCAGUCCAAACGUAUCUCUCUGCCUAGCAUAACCGCAGAAACCAGUCCAAAAGUAUCUCUCUGUCUAGCAUAACCGCAGAAACCAGUCCAAAAGUAUCUCUCUGCCUAGCAUAACUGCAGAAACCAGUCCAAAAGUAUCUCUCUGCCUAGCAUAACCGCAGAAACCAGUCCAAAAGUAUCUCUCUGCCUAGCAUAACCGCAGAAACCAGUCCAAAAGUAUCUCUCUGUCUAGCAUAACCGCAGGAACCAGUCCAAAAGUAUCUCUCUGUCUAGCAUAACCGCAGAAACCAGUCCAAAAGUAUCUCUCUGCCUAGCAUAACCGCAGAAACCAGUCCAAAAGUAUCUCUCUGCCUAGCAUAACCACAGAAACCAGUCCAAAAGUAUCUCUCUGUCUAGCAUAACCGCAGGAACCAGUCCAAAAGUAUCUCUCUGUCUAGCAUAACCGCAGAAACCAGUCCAAAAGUAUCUCUCUGCCUAGCAUAACCGCAGAAACCAGUCCAAAAGUAUCUCUCUGUCUAGCAUAACCGCAGGAACCAGUCCAAAAGUAUCUCUCUGUCUAGCAUAACCGCAGAAACCAGUCCAAAAGUAUCUCUCUGCCUAGCAUAACCGCAGAAACCAGUCCAAAAGUAUCUCUCUGUCUAGCAUAACCGCAGAAACCAGAAACCAAAUCUGAUUUGUGUUUUCUGGCUCUGUUGGUGCUCUUGCAUGUGAGAUGUCCGUGUUAUCCAAAUAAUACGUGCAAACACUGAGUGCAUUCCAAUGAGUUUAUUCUGUAAAAGUCUUGUCCAUAAACAGCAACAGUUUACUUUAAACUACAAACCUUUAAAAUGUAAAACAUGUUCUAAUUCCGAGCAUUAACAAAGAUUGAAAGGUUUAAAUAAAAAAAUUCAAAUGUAUGAGUUUACAUUUCACACAGUAUUAUAAUCAACUAUCAUCAAAAAAAUAAAUAUAAUAUAUUUUUCAUAAAGACAUAGGAAGGAGAGCAGGCUACUGGCAUACCAUUGAUGGGAGUGUGUAACAGUAAGUUUGGAAGCUGAACCAAGGCAGAAAACACAAUUUUCCAGCAUGCCAGGCGCCAACUUUACACCAAACACUAAAGCUGCAUUCAUGACAAGUCGGAAACUCUGAAAAUAUGACUUGAAAACUCGGAGAAACGAGUUGUGUGCAUUCACAUGCCUUGAACUCAUUGAGAACGCUGAUUUCGUAAUCGAGGUAAUUUCCUUAGUAGGUGAUGUCACUUGUAAAUAGUUGGAGGGCAGUUCAAAUGUUAUUUUUUUUAACUCGGAAGCUUGUAUUUCUGAGUUUCCAACAUGUCAUAAAUGCCUCAGGAUGAAAACCAAUAUAUCGUCUGAUAAAGGUGCUUGCAAACA